AAGAGGAGCCCGCUGCAGCCCGACACGGUGACCUACUUACCACCGAGUUCUGCUACGGUGCGGACUCAUUGGACUCCCGUUCAACCUUCACCGGUAAUAAGUGACCUUCACGUGUUCGCUGCUAUAGGACAUGUGAAUGUGCUUUUGACCAAACUAACAGACCAUGCUCUAUGCAAAAAAAAGGGAACUAAAUAAAAAUGCAUGCUGGGUCUUCUGCAACGCGAGGGGCUUAAGAGGAAACCAAAAGGAGAAAUGAACCAAGCUGUAAACCAGCUCUGCUUCUUGGAUUAGUCGACGGCUCUCGGGGCCCACAGAGGAGCCGGGGUCAAAGGUCUUGAAGCCGGAGGAGUCUGCCGAUGCCUUAUAAUAAUAAUAAUAAUAAUAAUAAUCAAUUAUCUACUCAUUAGAGAGACUUUGUGGUGAUCGCUUACUGUGUCGCGAUAAAGUCGUCAGCCAAGCUAUAAACACUAAACGUAGCUUCAAAUCGGCCGUCUGCGUACUCAGCAUGAUGCUUCUGAGCUGCGGCCAGCCGUUGCCUCUUCUGAGGCAUACGGAUGUGCCGUCGCGGGUCAUAGAGAACUUCAUCUUGACCGGCUAUCGCUUCCCAAAUUACAGCCUGAGGGAUUGCCUCCUAUCGGCGUUCAGGCCGACCAAUGAAACGGGCAACUUCUGGACGCACUUCCUCCCAUUUUUUAUUUUUUUAUACUAUUUCGUGGAGGUGUUCGGUUGGGAAGGUGCGCCGCAUGGCGACGCCCAGUUCUUCUAUCCGCUGUGGAACUACUUCAUCGGGGUGUUCUGUCUGCUGAUGGCCAGCAGCAUGGCCCACCUGCUCAACUCCAUGUCUCUGGUGGUCAGGGAAGUGUGCUUCUUUGUGGAUUACGGCACCAUCAGUUCCUACACCGUUGGCUCGUCGUUGGCGUACUACUACUACAUCCACCCUCGGGCGGGGAUCGUGGAGACGGGAGGCCGAAACGGCUCCCAUAUGGACUUGAAACCUGAACAUGCAGAAUCUCUCACAUCAUCCGAUGCAAUCCUCGAUUUCUCUGUGUUCUUUGAAACCUUCUACGUCCCGUCCGCAUGCGUUGUCGCAAUCAUUUGCGUCUUAUCUUGCUGCAACACUCGCCAGCGGUGGAGGCGACAUCGUUACCUCAUCCGGACCUUUGUUUUCCUUCUCCCGUUCCUCGUCUCCUCCACGCCGAUCUUCUACCGCCUCCUCACCACCUCCUCCUUCGCAGCGUCCACCUCCAUGUCCAGCUUCUUCUAUCGUCACUGCCUCUGGCUGCUGAUGUCGGCCGUCUUCAACAUCAGCAAGUUCCCCGAGCGGCUCGCCCCGGGCCGCUUCGACAUCUGGGGGCACAGCCACCAGUGGUUCCACUGUUGCACGUUUUUAUCCAUCCUCGACGAACUCCACAUGAUCAAGACGGAGGUGAGGGCCAUCCUGCUCAGCCCGACCCUGCUACUGCCCCCUGCCAUACUCUCCCGCCUACCGGGACCUACCAUAGCGUCCACCUACGGUGUGAUGUUCCUCCUCCAGACCACCAUCAUUUCUAUCAUCGUGUGGUUCUCCUGGCAUGCCAAUAGCAUCCACGGACCCGAGAGAGACCAGCUGGCCAAGGAUCAUCCCAAGAAACCUCUGAAAUGCCACUGAUCAUAAAUACAUCUUUUUUUAAUUCUUAUUAUUUUUUAAUCCCAACUAUUAAGGAAGACUUGCACACGCAUACAAAGCCAAGCCACAAAGAGAAGCGCACAAGUAAAACAAUAUUUCCCUUUUAAUUUCAAGUCCUUUUAUAUAUUCCAAUACCUUCAAAAUAUUUUUUUUUCAAGCUUUUAUGAGUGGAAAUCUGGGAUGGACGAUGAGAGAUGAAAGGAUUAUAUUCCGAGCUCACCGCAGGGUGGCUGUCUGGUUGAGUGGAUAUUGGAAGACCUUGCCAGUUCUGUCCCCUGAGCUCACCCAGCAUGAUCCGACAGAAUGUCUGAGCCCUGGUGAUAAUAACUUCCUCUAGGGGCUGUAACCUUGAGGACACUGGAAAGGUGGAAGAACUGUUCCAUAUCACAUUUGGGUUAUGUGGCGCAAAUGUAAGCGUGAGCCUUUACAGAAGUUGCUGAUGUGUCGUCUGUUCUGAAGAAGUUCCUCCUGUUCCACUUCCUCCGAUCUUAACCGUACUCUUUUGAAAAGGACCCUUUCUUUCACAUUGAAUGAAUCCUUUUCUGGCCUUCUCUUCCUCUUGAUCCUCGCACACAGUCUCAUUUCCUCUUUUGAAGUGACCCUUGCAGCAGGAAGUGGGGUGGCCCUGACAACGCAACAGAAAUAGCUGAGCUCAUGUCAGCCAUACAGGGGGCGGUCAUUGAGAAGCCGUGGUCUCUUCUCGACCUUUAAGGACGCCUCUCAUGACUGAAGCGUUCAAAAAUGAUGUGUUCUGUUUGGGCUAUUUCAAAUACAUCUGCUUUAUAUAUGGCUUCCAUUACAAUGAUGACUAGUUCCUCAUUGAUUAUGUUCACACGGCUUAAGUGCUCUUGCUCAGAUUAAGUGUCAUGUUUUCUAAUCCGAUUGAAAAGCAUACUGGACCUGAUGCAUCAUAUGAGCAGCCGCUCCAGUUAAAGGCCUGCGUUGUGGUGGAUGGUGGUGAUGAUGAAACGAGGACAAUGAAGGCAGAAGUUUUGCUUUGUGUUGCAGCCUCUCUGAGCUCAACACAUACUUUUGAAAAGUGGAAAGUUGAAAUACUGGCAAUAUUAUACUGUUGUACUAGAGUACAUCAUCAGGAACUUCCUGGAUAGAUUUGCACUUUCAAUUCAAAUCAGUUUAUUUUGUAUUAUCACAAUUAUAUAUUUAUAUUAUUACCAUUAUCACAAAAUACAAAUUUGCCUCAGAGUGCUAACAAUCUGUACGCAGAGACAUCCCUGUCCCAGGACCUCACAUCGGAUCAGGAAAAACUCCCAAGAAAUAGAAACAACCCUUUCACAGGGGAGAAAAGUGAAGAAACCUUGAGGAGAGCAACAGAGGAGGAUCCCUCUCCAGGAUGGACAGAACAAUAGAUGCUAUGUGACCAGAAGGAAUCAUUACAGAGUAACAACACAUUCAAUGAAUAUGACAGUGUAUGAAUAGUUGGUAUUAGGCAUGGACCAUGAUCCACUUGACAGAAUAGAUUAGAGCAAUGGUUCACCUGGCAGUUUGCACCUUUUAUGUAUUAUCAACCUGUUCAAGGCAUCUGUUAUAUGUACCUGGCAAUCUUUACCAGAAGGUCAUUUAUUAGCACUUAACGCUGUUAUGAAGGAACUUACAUAAUCCUCAGCGGCUCUUGUUCAGGGCUCAAGAAGUUCCCCCCAAAAUAUAUAUUUUUUAAUCGGACGCUCACAAGAUAAAAAAUAUAUAUUCAUUUAAGAAUUUGGAGCUUCGCAGUUUUCCAACAAUCUGGAAAAAGAUUAAUAAUGUUAUUUCUUUAUAGCUCCAUACACAAAUAUAUAUAUGUGUUCUGGUGCUGUACAAAACAAGCAAAGAGAUGUGAUGUUGUUGGAUGGCGGAACAUAAACCAGAUGCAACUUUGGGAAUAGGUUUAAAGAACUCUGCCAGGCUGGAUUGUUUGUUCAUCCCAGUGGACAGGAAGGUGAUUGAGGAACCUGGAACUAUCUUCAUCAAACAACAUGAAAUGUUAUUCAGGACCUUCAGGGUUUCACAGACUAAGAUGAAUUGAUCGUUUGAGCUUGGGUUCAUGAGAGGCACAAACUGGGUUCACCGUGCAGAUCAGAAACUCUUUAAGAUGCGCUCUUUAGCCUUAUUGUGUGCAGGUUCUUCAGGCUGUAGGAUCACAUCCUGCCUGCAUAAAUAUUAGCCUCCACCCCCUUGUUGAAAUACCCACGUCGACAUCUGUCCUCCCUUCUUGCUGUUCGUUAUAGAGUUCUGCUUCCUGACUGUUUUGUUGUCAUGUUUGGUUGUUUUAAAUUGAAUUUAUUAAGAAACUCUCUGUGACUGUGCCAAUUGUCUGUGUCCAUGUCUGUCAUGUGUUUCAAAGUGUCCAGAAGUGCAAACACUAAUGCUAAGUUAACGCUCAGUCAUGGCUCUUUGCAGAAGUCUUUCUAUCGUCCCAGCGUAAAGAAAAGUAACUCGACUGUCUCACACAUGUCCGUGUGAAUGAAAGGCAUCGCUGGCUGACUAUGUUUCUGCCGGGUCACAUUUACAUGUUCAAUCUUUUCGGUAUACAGCAUGUGGUGGGUUCAAGACCCAUCUGCUGAACACUUGGUGUACCGGAGCCUGAUGAGGGCUAUAGGAUUAUAAUAGAGAAUUAUAAAGCGUUAUUCCUUUUUGUUCUGAAACACACUGAAAACAAUGUGACAAUCAGCGCUUGGACAAAGAUGUGUUUUCCUGUGAUUGUGUCAUGUCCUCAGUGAUUGUGUUAAACUGUCUCUCAGAGGGAGUGGCAUCCUAAUCUGUUAGUUCUUACUCCCACGUUGAACUCUUGUUGGUCCCUGUCGAAUUUCAGAAAUGUUACGAAUACCAAUGUAUUAGUUCUAUUUUUAUCUGCACAUUAACUUGUGUUUCGAUUGCAUUCGCUUGUUUAGAGAUGAAAGCUGAUUUAUUUAUUAUGCAUGAUGCCGGAAUGGGUAUGUGAGGACCAGAUUGUGGAGUGGUUGUGAUAAUCUUGCUUUUGUGGUGCACUUUAAAGCUUCUUCUAAGCUCCUCAAAAUGCAGUACUGUAUUAUUCAGAACAUUUCAAUAGUCCAAUUCAUUGGGAAACAUUGGAUGCAUCCAAUGUUGAAGCCAUGUUUCUAUACCUCAAUGGAGCAUGUGUGGCACUGUGUCCCAUUGAAAUGGAACCCCGUCUAGACGAAUCUAUCGACGUUAAAGUUCAGGAUGUGAAUGUCAGACUUACUGCUGUAUCUCACUCAGGAGGGACUGGGGAAUGACACCCGUUAUUUUAAUAAUACACAACUGGAAGAUGUCUGUUAAUUUAAAUACCACUAAUAUGGAUGAUUGAGUUUAUUAAAUAAAUUAUGCAGAAAAUUA